GCAUCUUUUCAUGUGCUUAUUGGCCAUUUUUUGUGGCUUCUUUGGAGGAGAAAUGUUUAUUGUAGUUAUUUGCCCAUUUAAAAUAUUGGGUUAUUUGUUUUUUUAUUAUUGAGUUGUAAGAGUUCUUUAUUCUGCAUAUUAGACCUGUAUCAGAUGGUCAGCAAAUAUUAUCUCUCAUUCUGUGGAUUGUCUUUUUAUUUUCUUAAUAUUGCCCUUUGAAGUGCAAAAUGUUUUAAUUUUGAUAAAGUCUAGUUUAUCACUUUUUCCCCCCUUAGUUGCUUGUGUUUCAAGUGCCAUAUAUCAGAAACCAUCACCUAAUCUGAGGUCAGGAAGAGUUACCCCUGUGUUUUCUUCUUAGAGUUUUAUAGAUUUAGCUCUUGCAUUUAUGUCUUUGGUCCAUUUUGAGUUAAUUUUUGUACAUAGUGUGAGGUAGAGGGCUCAGCUUUAUUCUUUUGCAUGUAGAUAUCAAGUUCCAGCACCAGCACCAUUUGUUUUAAAGGCCUUUAUUCCCCCUUUGGAUUAUCUAGGCCCUUUUGUCAAAAAUGAAUUGACCAUAAAUGUGAGGGUUUAAUGUCUACAUUCUCAAUCUUAUUCCACUGAUCUGUAUGUCUGUGUUUAUGCUAGGACACGUUGUCUUGGUGCCUGUAGCUUUGUAGUAACUCCAAAUCACAGUGUGACUCCUCCAACUUUGAAAAUACUAUUUUUUGAUGUGUUGCUGAUGUCUGUCCUUCUCCCACACGUAUUUUGAGAUAUCUUUUCUUUGUCAUCAUGAAGUCAUAUUGGAAAUGCUAUUUGAAGUGGCCAUGAAUUCAUUUUCAGAUCUAACCUCGGUAUUUAUAUACAAGGUGUGGAUUUGGAUGGAAUCAGACAUACUCCAAAAAUUUGGCCACUGGCUCUGUUUCUUAACCAUAAAAUGAAACUCUCCCAAAUCAAAGGGUAAUUCUGGGAAUUAAAUGUGACAUACGUAAGAGCAUCUAGCAUUGUACCUGGGAAAUAUUAGGUACAAAAUUUAUGUCUGUUGCCUUUUCUAUCCCCUUCUCAUGGAUGCAGAAGCUUUCUUGGUACCUUGUAAUACAAUUCUAAAUUCUUCCUGAAAAUCCUUCUUUUUCCGUUUAGAAACUGUUUUCUCCAGGGUCAUCAUAGGAAUUGGAAUUACUGAAUUUUCUAGUCUGUGCUGCAAUAUUUGUAUCAUGUUUCAGACUAAGUUCACUGCUUUAUCUCCAGUGUCUAAAACUGUGCCUGACCAAUAGUAAGUGAUCAGUGAACAUUUGUUAAGUGAAUACUAAAUGUUGAUCCCAUUUUCUUAUUUGCUUGGAUAAAUAUAAAGUUAAUUGCUUGCAUAUAUGUUUCUAAGUGAGCCCACAUAACAGUUGUGUGAAUGUUUAAUUACUGAGGUAUUUUCCACAAGAUUUUUAUGAGUAGUUUAUCCAGCUGACCUAGUAUUUUAACUUUCUUGAGUGGCACUUCUUUCUUCCAAAUACUCACAUGUUCCCAUCUAGAUAUUUUCUCUGUGGGGUAAUUCCAGACCAAAAUAGGAAGGAUUGAGUCUGGGUAGUAAAGUUUAAACAGCAAGUGGAGAGGGGAGUGGGAUAUUGGGGAUGGCAAAGACAUGUGGUCAUGAGAACCAAGGAGGGAAACUUACGGAGGAUAGGGUCAAGUAGGAAAGCACACUGCCAGCUUCUGACCAUUGCCAUGUUGUUUAUGUGACAGUCAGUUUCUCAUGACUCUGUUGACCUCUCAGGUCUAUACAUGAAACUAUAAACAAAGAGUUUCCAGGUAUCAUUACUGGCUGCUGUGAGCCUGAUACACACUGAGAAAUGGCACCUGUCUUGUUAUUAUGUGCAUCGAGAAUAAGCCAACCUUUAUAGGUAAGAGUGCAAGUCAUUUUGUGGGCUUGUAGGAUCCUGUCUAGGAUCAGCCUAGACAGGAUCGUCAGGCUGAAGGAGUGUUGGUAAAUGGGAAAGUGUUGCCUGAGAGAAUGGAUUCCAUUAUCAAAUAGGUUUGGAAUGAGUUCAACCAAGUUAACAGGUUUGGGUUUCGUUGUUGUUGUUUUUGUUGUUUAACUUCAGAAUUUCUCAGAGCCUGUAAUGUGCCAACAUAUGUUACAUGGUGUCUUUAAGAGUGAAUGUAAGAGCAGGACUUCCCAAAGAUGACUAAAAGGCUCCCACAGAGAACCUUCGGGGACUGGUACUUGCCAGGGCAUAUUUUGCAUAGUUAUGGUUCAGGGUAAUGCCUUUAUUUCUCAGACAUGAAGUCUUAUUCUUUAGUCUUUUUCAGUUGCUGUUUCUAAGAACGGUCAUGUCUGCUGAUAGAUAACAUAGAAGCUGACUGUGUCUGUUCUCUUACUAAGAACUGUCACAAAAAUGAGAGCUUAAAUUAGGAAUUACAAAAAAAUUGAUGAAACUGUCUGUAUAAGUGUAUAUAUAUAAGUUACAAAAUAUCCUGUGCUCCAGGAUAUCAAUAUUUGGGUUUUUAAAAUCUGUUACUUGUAUUGCUCAGUCUGUGUGGUGCCUGAUAAUCCUUGAUAUAGCAAACUUGAAAAUUUGAUUUCUGUGGAUUUUGUUCUAAUGCACACUCCUUAAGAUGGAGAACAAGGAAGAGGCAGGAGGACAAACUAUGGAAAACAUGACCACUGACUUCUGCUAUAGAAUAAACAGAAUAUGGACCACUAUCAUGGUACUGUGGUAGUAGAUAAGCUUGUCACUGGAAUGCAUUCUUGGAGUUCUGUGGUAGAGCAAAUUGUAUGUAGUUACAAACGUGGGUGCAGCCCUCUCUAUUCCUAGGAAUUCUUUUUCCUUCCCUCUCUCUACCCACACACUCAUCCGUCCUUCCUUCUUCUAAGUCAUCAAAUAGGAGUUAUUUAUUUAAUUUUCUAAAGAGAGAGAGAGAAAUGGGAGAAAAUGGAAGAUGUCUUAGUGGCUGCUAGUAAACCUGGUUUGUGUGUGUUGGUGCGUGUCACCAUUGUGGUGUAACAGCAGCACAGCUGGGAAUCCCAGCAUGGGUAAUUUCCAUUGACAUCUCUAGUGAAAAUACCCAAACACCACGUUUUUCUUAUCUGCAUUGUCAGGGGGUUUCUACACUUCCCUACUAGAUGAUGGUGUUGGGAGGAGUGAUACUAGGCAGAUUCUUUCACCUGAGAGCAUGGCACAUAAUGUACCUCCAACAAUUGAGACACAGCCAGAGAAGAGGGUCAGGGAAUGAAGAAGACUGAUGGAGGUAUAUGAGUCAGAAUCUGAGGUUGGGGAGUGUUGGGGGAAAUGAGAGAAACACAGAUCGGGUGAACAAAUGGAAAAAGAACCAUGCAAGCUAGAAAGGUUUUAGGGUUUCCUUUGGGUCACCCGAAAUGUUUUUUAAACACUUUGGAUAAGAGCUAAACCACCUGCCACUGGGGACUUCCAUACUCUCGGCUCCCUUAUCAUCUGAUGGCAUUUUGACUGUCUUGAGGCCAAGUGACUUGCUGUCCAUGAUGAGUGAUGAGAAGAACCUUGGUGUGUCCCAAAAGUUGGUGUCACCUUCAAGGAGCACAAGUAGCUGCUCUUCCAAGCAAGGAAGUCGACAGGACAGCUGGGAAGUGGUGGAAGGACUGAGAGGGGAGAUGAAUUACACCCAGGAGCCACCAGUUCAGAAAGGAUUUUUGCUGAAAAAGAGGAAAUGGCCCUUAAAAGGCUGGCACAAGAGAUUCUUCUAUCUGGACAAAGGAAUCUUGAAAUAUGCCAAGAGCCAAACUGAUAUAGAGAGAGAGAAGCUGCAUGGCUGCAUUGACGUGGGGCUCUCAGUGAUGUCUGUAAAGAAGUCAUCAAAAUGCAUAGACCUUGACACCGAGGAGCACAUCUACCAUCUGAAGGUCAAAUCAGAAGAAGUCUUUGAUGAGUGGGUAUCGAAACUUCGCCAUCACAGAAUGUAUCGUCAGAAUGAAAUUGCCAUGUUUCCACAUGAAGUUAAUCACUUUUUCUCAGGGUCCACCAUCACAGACUCUACAUCUGGGGUGUUUGACUCCAUUUCAAGUAGGAAGCGUAGCAGUAUAUCAAAGCAGAAUUUAUUUCAAACUGGAAGCAAUGUAUCAUUUUCUUGCGGUGGAGAGACACGAGUUCCAUUAUGGUUACAGUCUUCAGAGGACAUGGAAAAAUGCUCCAAAGACCUGGCGCACUGUCAUGCCUACCUGGUAGAAAUGAGCCAGCUCCUGCAAAGCAUGGAUGUCCUGCAUCGGACAUACUCGGCACCAGCUAUCAACGCCAUCCAGGGUGGAGCUUUUGAAAGUCCCAAAAAGGAAAAAAGAUCACAAAGGAGGUGGCGGUCCAGAGCUAUUGGCAAAGAUGCUAAAGGAACGCUGCAGGUCCCCAAACCUUUUUCUGGCCCAGUAAGACUACACUCCUCCAAUCCUAAUUUGUCAACACUAGAUUUUGGAGAAGAGAAAAAUUAUUCUGAUGGCUCUGAAACCUCAUCAGAGUUUUCUAAAAUGCAAGAAGAUCUGUGUCAUAUUGCCCAUAAAGUUUACUUCACUUUAAGGUCAGCUUUUAAUAUCAUGUCAGCGGAGAGAGAGAAACUGAAGCAGCUGAUGGAGCAGGAUGCCUCCUCCUCCCCAUCUGCUCAGGUCAUUGGUCUGAAGAAUGCCCUGUCAUCUGCCCUAGCACAAAACACAGAUCUUAAAGAACGCUUACGCAGAAUCCAUGCCGAGUCUCUGCUCCUCGACUCCCCCGCUGUUGCCAAGUCGGGUGACAAUCUGGCAGAGGAAAACUCCCGAGAUGAAAACCGAGCUCUAGUUCAUCAGCUUUCUAAUGAAAGUAGACUCUCCAUCACUGACUCCCUUUCCGAGUUUUUUGAUGCUCAGGAAGUUCUCUUAUCUCCAAGCUCUUCAGAAAAUGAGAUUUCUGAUGAUGACUCAUACGUCAGUGACAUAAGUGAUAAUCUUUCCUUAGAUAAUCUCAGUAAUGAUUUAGAUAAUGAGAGACAGACCUUGGGGCCUGUCCUUGAAAGUGGUGGGGAAGCGAAGUCCCGGAGAAGAACGUGCCUGCCGGCACCCUGCCCGAGCAGCAGUAACAUCAGCCUGUGGAACAUCCUGAGGAACAACAUCGGGAAGGACCUGUCCAAGGUGGCCAUGCCGGUGGAACUGAACGAGCCCCUGAACACACUGCAGAGGCUCUGCGAGGAGCUGGAGUACAGCGAGCUCCUGGACAAGGCCGCGCAGAUUCCCAACCCCCUGGAAAGAAUGGUGUAUGUGGCAGCCUUUGCCAUAUCAGCGUAUGCAUCUAGCUACUACCGAGCUGGGAGCAAGCCAUUUAAUCCAGUUCUUGGAGAAACAUAUGAAUGUAUUCGGGAGGACAAGGGCUUCCAGUUUUUUUCAGAACAGGUCAGCCACCAUCCGCCUAUCUCUGCAUGCCAUGCUGAGUCUAGAAAUUUUGUUUUCUGGCAAGAUGUGAGAUGGAAAAACAAAUUCUGGGGCAAAUCCAUGGAAAUCGUUCCAAUUGGGACAACCCAUGUGACUCUGCCAGCUUUUGGGGAUCAUUUUGAGUGGAACAAAGUGACCUCUUGCAUCCAUAACAUCUUAAGCGGGCAGAGGUGGAUUGAGCACUAUGGAGAGAUUGUCAUCAAGAAUCUGAAUGAUGAUUCCUGCUACUGCAAAGUGAAUUUUAUAAAGGCAAAAUACUGGAGCACUAAUGCCCAUGAGAUUGAAGGCACAGUGUUUGACAGGAGUGGAAACGCAGUUCAUCGGCUGUUUGGGAAAUGGCAUGAAAGCAUCUACUGCGGUGGCUCCUCCUCUUCUGCUUGUGUGUGGAGAGCAAAUCCCAUGCCGAAAGGCUAUGAGCAAUACUAUGGCUUCACACAGUUUGCGCUGGAAUUAAAUGAAAUGGAUCCGUCGUCAAAGUCUUUAUUACCACCUACUGACACUCGAUUUAGGCCAGACCAGAGGUUUCUAGAAGAAGGGAACUUAGAAGAAGCUGAAAUACAAAAGCAGAGGAUUGAACAACUACAGAGAGAAAGGCGGCGGGUCUUAGAAGAAAAUCACGUGGAGCACCAGCCUCGGUUUUUCAGGAAAUCCGAUGAUGACUCGUGGUUGAGCAACGGUACCUAUUUGGAACUUAGAAAAGAUCUUGGUUUUUCCAAACUGGACCAUCCUGUCUUAUGGUGAAAAAGUAAAGAAGAAAGAUAACGUUAGUGUAUUUCUCCCGUGCUUGCUUUCUGAAGCGGCACAAACCUGUGUUUAUAUAUUUAAACAGUACUCUAGGAUGAUCACUUGUGCUUAGCUUAGCAUUGUAACUCAUUAAUUCUAUAUUUUCCUCAGUGCGUUUCUUUACAAUUUCAAAUGUUACCCUGAUUGUUUAUAUGAAUGUAGAACACCUUGACAUUUCUUUUUAUAUAUAAACUAUUUAAUAAAAAUGAAAGAUUGAAUGUUCAUGUGUGGGUUAAAAAAAGAAGCUUUAGCACUAAUUUUCCAAAGUUUAGGGAAGAUUCCAAUUAAAUUUAUGCCUUAUAAAAUUAUGUUGUAGAAAAAAAAAAUCAGCCUCUCCCAGGUGCAUUAAGAAGUGAGAAUACCCGGGGUUACUCACCCACGCGUAAGCCACCCAAGUUUAAUUUGGUAGCUGAGAUAUCUUUUUGCUUCAGACAGCUCUUGAAUUGCUCAUACAGAACAAUUCUGCUGGUGCUGGAGUCUGAAGAAUAUCUUCAUUUGCAUUUUAGUGGUUAGGGAGAGGAUAUAAGAUUAAUGGAAUGUAUAUUUUUAUAUAAGAUGAAUAUGGCACCUUCUUGAAAAGGAAACAUUUGAACUUGUUUCUCCCUAUAGUUCUAUUGCCUUGUGUGCAAAAUUGUACCCUCUUGCUCAGAGAAAUUAUCAUUAAUAAGAGAAAAAAUUCCAGUUAAUUAAAUAUCACAGUAGCAUCCCAAAGAGACAGUAGGAAAUUUCUUCUUAGUGAGAGCUGAGUCCUUGAGAAGUUAAGAGACUGUUUCCUGCUUCCCACCCUACUCCUAGUUUUUUGACUCUCCGUUUGAUCCACCUCCCUUAUGCGUAUGGAAUGUCCCAGUUUAAUAUAAAACAUAUAGUUUAUUCCACACAGCAGUUUGACUUUGUAAAAGUUUAGUAAAGUAACUGAUUGUUUUGGAUAACUCAACACGUUUUUCUUAAAUGCUGUUUUAGUAUUUUCUACCUCUUAAUAAGCACCAUAUUUUAGAUCUUGUAUAAAAAGUUUGCCAUCUGCCUUAUAGACAAAUGUAGAGAAUUGAUGUUCUUGCUUUGUGUUGUGUUCUGGUAAAGCUUUAAGUAAGUGUCUUACCCCUUUCCUAAACUUUCUUGUUAUCCGUAUCAUUCUUUUGUGAGUUUUGCAGCAGUCUUGAAUAAUACAGAUUAUAACUACUGAAAGGGGAACCUUUGUCUUUUUAAAUGUGUUAUUUCACAUUACAAUAAUAUGUGUAGUAGUUGAAUUGUGUUAUCAAAGCAAUUCCAACUUCUGCCCAGUUGGCAUUAAAACCAAAGCCUGAUUUUUAAGCCUUUUAUUCUAAAGUCCAUAGCAAUCCUAUGGAAUAUCAAGUAUAAUGAUGUAGUAAAAAGAUUUCUCCAGAAAACACUUUUACUUAAAGAAAUUCAGAGCAUAUCGAAUGUUAUGAAUGAAGAGUAAAAUAAUUACAGGAAAAGAAUGCGUGAUUUUUCAUUGUCAUACCAAAUAACCAGUUGGACAAUAUUGCAUUUUCAAAAUGGAGAGUUAUUUAAAGUGGAUCUGUAGCCUUCUGGAAUCUGCACGUGACUGGCACUUUAAAACAACUCAUUAAAUAUGGGAUUCAUUUUAUCGAGAUGCCAAGAUGAACACAAUGUGAAUAUCAUUUCCAGUUCUAAGCAGUUGAAUGACACAGUCAGAUUCUUUGGUGUGUGCUUUGUUCUUUCCAUUUCAAGCAUUUAUCCAAAUUCUGCUCACAGGCAUGAGGAAGCAGGCUGUAGAUUUAAGGGCACUCAAGGGGAAAACAAAUGUAGUUUCCACAGUGUGAGGGUAAAUGUAGAAUCUUAGAAAUAUUGGCUGUUAAACUGGCCUGCUCCAGAGACUGGCUCAAAAAAGAAAGAAGCAACAAAAGCAAAAUGUACAGGCUGAAUGGAUGUAGCACUGUCAUGCAGCAUUUGGAAAUUCUUUAACUAUCCUAAUGUUGUUAUUUCACUUGCCCUCAUGCUUUGUUUAGAGUCCCAAGGACAACUGGAAGAAACAUCACCUCUGUAGUCAUCUUAUUUGAGAUGGGGGUGGGAAUGAAUUAAAAUAUGAUACAGAAUUAUAUGCAGAUUUUAAAAUCUAGUCACUACUAGCAUCUAUAAAGGGCUUUUCUGAAAUUUAAACAGCUUGGUGAUGAUCCUGAUACUAUAAGCUUAAAACUAUCUUGAGGGGAAAAUGACUUCUUUUUUCCUUCUGUCCAUUUUCUCAAAAGCAUCUUUCCCCCGAAUGUUAUGUCUCCAGGACAUUUUGUAGUUUUAAGAGGAAGAAAACAGAAACAUGGCAUCAUUUGGGAAGAACCAAGGUAGAAUUUAAUUUUCUGGACUUUAAAUCUCCUGGUUAAAUAAUGCUAAUCACUGUACCAUUUGAGUUACAUGUUUUAACCUCUUUUUUUCCCCCCCCCUAAUUAUUCCAUCCAAAAGUUCUGGUGAAUUACACAGAAAUUCUUGGAAAUGGGACUUUGUGCAGGUAACCACCAUGCACUUCAGGUGAUGUUCCUGUCACAGCUGUUGACUACCCCAUGCUGCAGGAAAUCCAUUCAGAAAUGAGCUAACAGUCUCCAGUGUAGCAGGAGAGCCAAUCAGUUCCCUCCCCAGGCCCCAAAGCACCCCAAGGCUGGUAUUCCCUUGAGUCAAAGGUAUUAAUAAUAAAAGCCUCAAUGCAGCUUCUCCAUGUAGUUCCUCUCCUAGAAGCCAGGUGGAUUCUGCUCCUAACUAAAGAGAUGGGAGUUCGCUUGAGGGCAAGAGGUACCCAGGAUGCCCAAACAGCCGCACAGGUGUCCUGUGCUUCCUGUGAGACUUCUGGGGGAAAUAUACAAACUAAUUUUUUAAAAAAUGUUUACUUCAUUUACGCUGCUGCUUUUCUCAUAUUCUGCUUUUAAUUACUUGCAGUAAAUCAUUUGCUUGGGCUUCAAGCACUGUCCUCCAUCUACAUCUUCCAGAUUUAUCAUGAGUGGUCUUGUUCUACUGUUAAAGAUGUCAAGCCUAAAAUAAAAAUAAUAAAGUUUUUAUUUGGCUGUUGAUCCUUGAUGUAGCCCCUACUACAUACACUACAAGUUAUGCCUUCUGGCUACCACAGAAUCUCUGCAGACCUUUUGGUUAUGAGUAGAAGCAAUAAGAAGUUGUCCUUAUAGUCUUAGGAAUAAUGGUUCCAAUGUAUUGGCAUAAUUUGUUUGAAUGUCUUUAAUUUUGAUAUUAACACCGGCAUAAAUCUAUUUUUGUUACCAGAUGAUAGCUAUUUUUAUUUGCUCUAUUUUCCUCUGCAUUGUACUAAUCUGUUACUCAGUCUUCAUUUUUCUAUGUUGGAAACCUGUGUCAUGUAAAUAUCUGCAAAUCAUGACGGUCUAAAGUGCAAACCAUUUUCAGAGACUUUGGGGAAAUGCAGUGAUCAGAAGUGGCUAAUUUAUUUUAUUUCUGAUUAUUUUAUCCAGAAGAUACUUUUUAAAUAGAUAUUUGUAAAUCUUCCACUUAACCACUGAAAAUUAUUUUGUUUUAAUCCCACCCUUCCAUCCUUACCUCUGUGCCUCCCCAAAAAGCUCCUGUUAAUUUGCUUAUCCCCCUCAUGUAGCUAGUUGAAUGUGAAUAAAUAACAUGGAAAA